AUGAAGAUCAAUAAUGAGGCCAGACAAUUGAAGGUUGAAAAUUCUAAACUUUUUUUCCAAUAUGCUUGCGCAGAGACUUCUCUCGCCAAAUAUAAAGCCGAAUGUCAUACAAAAUCAGAGGAAGUGAAAUCGCUUCAAUCUGUGAUUAAUUCAUUACCCCCGGGAUACUUUGAUAAGAAUAAUCAGCCAGAUGGUCCCAAGAGGACCGAUUCAUAUGUAAAAAGUAGUAGCGAAAAAAAUAAUGAGCCAGAGAGCUCUAGCGCUUCUUCAAAACAAAUCAUACCUGCUACUAUUUCUAAAGAAAAGAUUUCAUUAGGUGUUAGUCAUUGUGAAAAAGCUAUGGAAUUUAGAGAGCAUCAUGCCAAAAGAAAAA